CAAGUGAGGAUAGGGACCGUCCUGAGCUGAACUCGACGUUACAAAUAGGAGCUGCGGCAUUCCAAGUGGAGCAGAGUGGAGGUGCGCUACACCGAUGAUAAUAUUGAAUAACAGAGGCGAGUGAAGCCGCGCUUUGUGGACACCACAGAGGAAGGAAAAGCGCAUUCUUCCUGAACAGGACCAAAAACACGUUUGGAGACGCCGAGAGCGGCCAUGCGCACCCGCGGAGGAAACUCCUCAUUCCACUGAGGAGGCGCUGUUGCUACAUUCCCGUCACACAGACGUCCAACAGAGUUCAGUGAGCCCUCAGCACCACACAGUGGCACUUGACGUUCAUCACCAGCCGGGAGUUAAUCAUCCAACUACCCAGAUGUUUGAAGAGGACUCCCAGGAGAUGAGGGUCCAAGAGGACGUGGGAGUGCUCCGUGCCGUGGAGUCACCCUCGGCAGUGGCUUCUGCUGGAGGGGGAGCGGGAGGAGCUUUGUCUUUCACAGAUGAAGCUGUGUCCAUCCUGACUUCCAGUAGCCUGCUGGCCCGCUCGCUGCUGGGUCGUACCUCAGCCGUCAAACGCAAAGAGAGCCCUUCCUCCAGCGCCCGGCGCAAGCGCGAGUUCAUACCUCACGAGAAGAAGGACGACAGCUACUGGGACAAGAGGAGGAAGAACAACGAGGCGGCUAAGCGCUCGCGAGAGAAGCGGCGCGUGAACGACAUGGUCCUGGAGAGCCGUGUGCUGGCCCUGCUGGAGGAAAACGCGCGACUGCGAGCAGAGCUGUUGGCGCUCAAGUUCCGCUUUGGCCUGGUUAAAGACCCCUCCAAUGCCCCAAUACUGCCCCUAACUACAGCUCCCCAGCACACCCCUCAACCCUUGACUCCUCAAUAUUACCUCCCAAGGGGGGACGGCGGCCUCCAAGGCUCCUCAGCACCACAUCCCAACAACCAACCAGCCCAGAUGAGCAGCAGGGGCUCCAGGGAUGCUGGGAGCAUGUCAGAAGACUCGGGCUUCUCUACCCCAGGUGGGUCCAGCGUGGGCAGUCCGAUUUUCUUUGAAGACCGCCUUAGCGACCAUGGGAAAUUAUCCCCACACCGGGGUGAGGAGCUGGGGUAUGACCUCCACCAUUCGCCUACAGAUCCCCACCACGCUGCAGGACUAACUGGGGGGAGGAUGGAUCACGCGGAGGCCAUGAAAAACCUUCCUCACAAAUUGCGUUUCAAGAUCCCCGGAAGCAACGACGGAACCGAUGCCCAGGGAGACGGUGGCGUCGCCAGACGCAGCCCCACGCUCUCUACUGCGGGCCGGGAAGCUCCAAGAGAGAAAGGACUGAGCGGAGGCAGCGAGGCAGGAGCAGGCCCGGCAUGCACCAGCUCCUGGAUCCAGCACAUCGAGGGGGAGGAAAGCAGGAGGGGGCGACACUCCCCUCAAUACAGUGCUUUGACCUCCAACUACAGCCUCCAGCCCCCUCCCGCUCAAGUGCAACCGGAGGUCCAGUACCAGCACGAGAACACUUACCUGAAGUGUCAGCUAAACUCCCUCAGUGAGGAGGUGGCUCAGCUGAAAAAGCUUUUCACAGAGCAGCUCAUGGCCAAAGCCAACUGAGGACCGAUGCUGUGAGCCAGUCAGCUAGACUUUUAAGGGCAAAGUUUACUUUAAGAAAGCCAAAAAGGACUUUCAAGUCUAGCUCAUCAUGUGUUGUUUUUAUCUCAAGUAUUGUAUUGUAUUAUAAUAAAUGUCUUUAAAGCUCAUCUCAUAAACCUGCUGUCUAUAACAAACACUCAGUCUGAGCAAUCAGUGUUCCUCCAGACAGGGAGUCUUAACUGUACUAGUGUUAAGUGGAUAAUAGCUUCUUUAUUACAUACACUGUGACAACUAAAAACAUGCAGCACAAAGCUGUUUACAUCACAUCAUCACAGCACAAACCUCACACCGCUCAGCGACGCCAGAUUAAAAUGCGGCUGGAAGUCGGCCAGCAGGUCGUUGCCACACUGAGAUGCGGGAAGUUGCAGUCCGGUAAUUAGAGUGGUAUGACUUACUGCACAAACAGUUUCCCACCGCUGAGAUGGGUCUGCAGAAAACCCGCAAACACAGGCAGAGACAGACAGUAAACACACACAGAGGUGAGGUUAAUAGCCAUCAAAACCUCCACGGGUCUCGGGGAGGGCGGGGUGUUACUCGUUGCUCUGGUGUUGUUGUGUGUCUUUUAGGAACCACACUGUAACUUCUGCUCUGUUUUGGUGUCUCACACCCACUACUGAUCUUUGUCCAUGCCUGGGUUUCAACAUAUUUGUGUUACCUCCCUGUUUUCUGUGCCGAGGUAAUGAUGUAAUAAUAAUGUCUCUCUGUGCGUUUUCAUAUUCAAAAAUAAAAGAAACGUUUGAUGGAUCCAGCA